CAUUUUUUGACUCUCACUCUUGCAUUCCUUUGCGAAAGUUUGCUAUUUUGAAAGAAAUUUCACUUGUAUUUAAGCUCGUUGUUAAAGUUACACAGUUAUUUCUCUGCCAUCAUGGACUAUUUAAGCCUGUAAACCGUCGAUUCGAAGAUUCUCCAGCAACGUUGGUAGCAAAAUAAAGCCUUUUACUAUGUGGUCGUUUGUUUUCAUAACUGUUCAUUUGUCGCUUAUUAUUGAGAUUAUUCUUCCAAUUUAUGCUAAAGGAGACUUUGAUAUAAAAGCAGCUCUUGCUAGUCUGGCUCCUGCAGAUUCCCUUCAUCACAUGCAAAAACGGUACGACCCGGCUGAAGAAAAUUCGGAAGCAAACCAUGCUGGGAUUGAUGAACUAAUUGACAUUGACAAGGGUUUAAGCCACGACGAUAUCGCUCAAGUGCGCUCAAGAAGAUCAGCAAAUAAUUCAAAAACAACAGAAAACGAUAAAAUGGUGCAGGCAGUUAAGACUGAUCCUGACAAAACCACUUUGUCGUCUGAUAACAUGUCAAAUGAAAAACAUGAUUUUGCUAAAAGUAAUAGUAUGAUUAAUUCUUUUAACGCACCUGAUGAUUAUGUUGACGAUAGUAAUCAAAUAAAAAAAAAAGAAAGGAGUGAGAAAAGUAAUCACAGGUCUGAGAGAAACGUCAAAGCUCCACAAAAAGUGAACGAUAACAAGAAGAAGGAUUUCAUGACUUCUGCCAAUAGUAAUGACAAUGACAUCGGGAUGGAAUCUAAGAACAAGAAUUCAACUGAUUCAUCAAGCCAUGAAGAAGAAUAUUCAAGCAAAAAAUAUUCAACUAAGAAACCUGAUGAGAAUGAUGAUGAAAAGAUUUAAAAGAUCAGGAAGAUGUGAUGGAAACUAUAGAGAAAAAAAUGUCUAAGCCAAAGAAUAAAGUUAAAGACAAUUUGAGUGUUGGCACUGAAUCUCAUAAAAAUUAUGUCACAGCUAAUGAAAGUCUGUUGACUGGCACUCACUAUGAGAAUUCUUCUGAAAAUAAUUUAAACUCAUCUGAGGAUUCUGAGAAUCAAACUGUAAACAAAUCGCUGCUCAGAGGUUAUGAGUUAAAUAAAACAAAAAAUGAUUCUUCCUCCAGCAGCUCUGAAAAAGACGAUUUCCAUAAGGAAAGUUUUGAGAAAACAGAGAAAUCGAAAAGUUACAACAAUAAGUCACGUGGGUUAAAUCAGAGCGUAAAAACAUCACAAAAGAAAGUUCAAACGAGAAAGCAACUGAUUUAGGGGAAAAUAAUGGUAAAAAGGAAGUUGAUUUGAAGGCUAAAGCAAGUAAUGAUGAUGAUAUUAUGAAACCUGAAGAUAGUAAUUCUAAAGAGAAAGAUGAUGGAAA